UCGACCCGCUCUGCAUCCACCCUCAUCGGCCAUUGUAUCCAUCAACAUUUCGAUUUCCUUGCGGACCCCCCGCGUGUAGUUGUGCAUCUGGUCGUUGGAUCUGCAGGUGGGCGCGCUUUUUCGGCCAAGCCAUUCGACGCUUUGAGGGGGAAGCUGAACGAUCCUGCUGCACCUCGCGACUGCCAUCAUCUUGAGCAAGAUCUUAGGUCGGCAGUCGGGACCGGGUUUUCACCAUUGCCAUCUUGACGACUCAAUACCGGCGUACGAAUUGGGACAUUGGGGAAUCGACAAAGUUCAAAAGAAUGCGUUGGACGACACGGCUUCCACGUUCGCAAUCGUCGACUUCGACCUGAGUCUAGAGCCAUGAGGGUCGCGAUACGGGAGCAGCUGGCAGCUCUGGUGCUUGUCGCAGUACUCGUCGCCCUUGCAAUUCUCUCGAUACCAACAUGGAUCUACGUCAACAAUUUCGUCGUUAAGGUGGAGAGCGGUGGCCUGGCUUUGACGGCGUCGUUAAAAGCAGCCCAGAUAUCCUCACAGAUCGAGUUGAUACAAACGACAUCCAAGUCCAUAGCGACUCGACUGCUGAUCCAGGCCUCUUUAAGAUCCUAUUACGAAGGCAAUGGAACCGGCGCAAAUUGGACUGAAGCCGCAAACGAUCUCAGAAGUGCACUCAACGCGGGCAACGCCGGUAGUAGUUCAGCCAACCUAUUACAAACACGAUUGUACUCGCGAAAUGAGACUGGUGCAUCUGAUGGAGGACUUCUCAACGUGACUGGUUCUGGCAUCCGCGAAGAGAAUAUCCUGCUGCCGUACGUUGCGCCGAAUGGCUCCGAAGUUUUCCUUUCAGAUACGGACUUCGGAUACCCGCCUUCCCUCUACCCGAACAUCACAUAUGUUCCCUCGUCGGAUCCAGACCCGUUGGACGGAAACAUCACGAUUCCGAUUCCUCGACCAUUCCCGGAUAUCAGAAUCGACAGUUCCGUGGGAGGGCUGAUAUUGGGCCCCCUGGUCAUCAACGCAAGCUAUGCUUUGAUGUCUUUGACCGUUCCCAUCCGUGACAACGGUAACACACUUGCAGUUCUUGGUUUUAUGACCCUAGUGACCGAGGCUACCUCUUUGCUGCAUAUUACGAACUCUAGAGAAGGACUUGGUAACACGGGUAUUGUGCUACUUAUAGGCCCAGACACGGAUUGGAAUCGGUUCAGCAAGUAUAACUCAGCGGCGAACACAACUCAUAAUGCGGCGAACAACUUCUCCGCGGUUCGGGUCAAGUACGUGCUCCCACCUCAGCCUGCUCCUGGCUAUCCCAGCAGACACAAACGGCAUGACUACAAUUCGGGGAACUACGACGAACCAUUCAGCGUCAGCGAUUACCCUGCGGCAUACAAAGUCCUCACUCAUAGGAAUCCCGCCAUCAAUAAUGCAAGCAGCAUGUUAUCCUCGACAAACGAAGAAGGGGUCUAUGUUGCCGUUGGCUAUGCCCGCCCACAGACGACCCUGGUCAACUGGACACUCAUCGUGGAGCAAGACCGGAACGAAGCGUAUACGCCCAUCACAACGCUUCGCAACAUUAUUCUGGGUUGUGUCUUUGGAACUGUAGGGUUGGUUCUCAUCAUGAUCUUACCCUGCGCACAUCUCAGUGUUAUGCCCAUUCGCCGGCUCAAAGCAGCCACCGAAAAGUCGGUUGCGCCGCCUGGUUAUGACUAUAUGGACGAGCUCGAGAAUUUUGAAGAGGAUCACGAAAACCCUGCUUCGACCGGCGUCUCGAGCAGAUCCGAGAAGAUAAUGCUAGGUCUGCGGUUCGCUUCCUUGAAGAAAAAGUUGCGACGCAGGCGGAAACCUCCUCCAUCAGAAAACGAUAGCGAUCCCAGAAGGCGCGUGUUUAAGAUUCCAGGAAGAGUGAGGGACAAAAGGCACUUCGUGACCGAUGAGCUCACGGAAUUGACACAAGUUUUCAACGAUAUGGGUGAUGAAUUGCUCAAGCAAUACACGUCGCUUGACCAAAAAGUCGCCGAGAGGACGAAUGAGCUCGAAACCAGCAAGAAGGCUGCAGAAGCAGCCAACGAGAGCAAGACUUUGUUUAUUGCCAAUAUUUCCCACGAGCUCAAGACUCCAUUGAACGGCAUUCUGGGGAUGUGUGCCGUAUGUAUGGAAGAGGACGACAUACUGCGGAUCAAGCAGUCACUGAAGACUUUGUACAAGUCGGGGGACCUACUGUUGCACCUUUUGGAGGAUUUAUUGAGCUUUUCCAAGAAUCAAAUCGGGCAACAACUAAGUCUCGAGGAGAAAGAGUUCCGGCUGGGCGACAUUCGAUCACAGGUGCUAACCAUUUUCGAUAAGCAAGUGCGUGAAGGGAAGAUCAACUUCGCUGUUCAUUUCCUCAGCACUGAUCAUGACCCGGGCCGGAGUCUUGAGCGGCACAGCACAGAGAUUAUUGACCCGAAGCUCCCUGCCAUGGGCCCGUAUGGAGCCGGCCGGCUGAAGGAUAUGUGCCUUUGGGGUGACCAGCAUAGGAUUCUGCAAGUCAUCAUCAACCUUGUCAGUAAUAGUUUAAAAUUCACCCCGCCGGGUGGGAAGGUGUCUGUACGGAUACGGUGCGUCGGCGAGAUAGAGCAGGCGGUCGAUGAGAGCAGAACUUCUUCGUUCUCUAAAACCUCAAAUCGUCCGGGUCGGGGUCGCCAUAGGGUGGGAUCUGGCUCCAACCAAUCGACAAGCUCGAAAGGACAGGCAACUCCUCAGCAUUACAAAGGGGGGACGGCUCUAUCCAUUAACCCCAUGGAUCCCAAAGCAACACCUCACGUCCAGGUGCGCGAAAGAUCGCCGACUCCGCCUCCGGCGCAUGCAAAGUCGUAUAUGUUCGAAUUCGACGUAGAGGACACUGGCCCCGGCAUUCCAGAACACAUGCAACAGCGCGUUUUCGAACCUUUCGUGCAGGGUGACCUGGGACUAAGCAAGAAGUUCGGAGGAACAGGUCUCGGUUUGAGCAUCUGUCAACAACUUGCUAACUUAAUGGGUGGUUCUAUUGACCUCAAGAGUACAGUAGGUGUUGGUACAACUUUCACAAUGCACAUACCUUUGAAGUACACGAAGGACAGGACCUCAAGUACAGCCUCAAGUAGCAUGAAGUCUAGGCCACCAAGUGUGACCUCCGAACAUGCCGAAACCCAGCGCAACUCGAUGGCAAGUACGAGCGCGGAAGCCAAGGCCACGGUUCUAGAUCAGCAACCCCGCCUUGUUGGGCUAAGCCAACCUUUUUUCGCCGCGAAUCCGCAGCCGGGGGCCAAACCUACCCCCGCAGACCAAAUGAAGGCAAUAGACCGCGCACUUUCGAACAAGGACGAUGGAAAACUUCGAGUGCUUGUAGCUGACGAUAAUUCGACCAAUAUCGAGGUUGUGAGUAGAAUGCUGAAACUGGAGGACGUCUACGAUGUGACCAUCGCGAAAGACGGACAAGAAGCCUACGAUCUGGUGAAGGCGAAUAUGGACAAGGGCUUCCGCUUCGACGUCAUUUUUAUGGACAUUCAAAUGCCCAACUUGGAUGGUCUGCAGAGCACCCGGUUGAUCCGCAAAAUGGGUUACUCGGCGCCUAUUGUGGCUUUGACAGCAUUUGCGGAAGAGAGCAAUAUGAAGGAGUGUAUAGAGUCUGGCAUGGAUGAAUUCUUGGCGAAACCAAUCCGCAGACCAGCUCUGAAAAAGGUCCUUAAGCGGUUCGCCACCAUCCCAGAAGAGCCCGACACAACAUCGCUCUGUCGGAAGACGAGUCCCAAUGGAAAUACCAGUCCCUCUACCGAGUCUAAUGCAUCCAGUAACGGCACCGCACUACCCGCACAAGAGCCGGAGGGUAAACCGACGAUGAAUGGGAUGUACACCCCAGCAAAAGUUGCAACAAUUGCCACUUCGUCAUGACGUCUCACCAUCAAAUGCCCAAUGACAUCGUGGACAAUGAGACAUACUACCAACCCCAGGUCGGCAUGCAAUAUCAUCUUCAUUUCCCCUUUGUUAGAUAUAAAGAAUGAAUCAUGU